AUGUCCAUCCACAAUGAAAAUGCAGAACCACAGUAUGCACUUGUACCUUACAGAGGCAUCUUGGCAUUUUUAGAAAAAGAUAAAAUGCCUAAUGGACAAUCUUUAGAGGAGCAGCUAUCUGUGUUCUCAAGCCCAAUUAAAAAGUCACAUAAAAGAGACCUCCAAUGUGAAAGAGAGGAAAGUAUGAUCUUAGAGCCUCAAUCAGUUACAUUAGACUGCAAAGCUGUUCAGCAAAUACUUGACAAAAAAAUGUAUGAAGGAAAAAGCUGUGACAAUUUGCAGAAUGAUGAAAUGAAUGUCCACAUUGAUUCCACAGUGCCUUUGAAAUUAGUGGAUGCAGAUGUUUUGUCAGUGCAGCCAUCUGGAUGUUGUGCUUCUAAGGAGCUUAGCAAGUUGAUUGGCUCCCACACUGAAUCCCAAGCUCAGUCCCCCAUGAGUAGUAUAUUGAUAGGCCCUGUUUCUGUCUUCUCCUCUUGCACUGAACUUGUUCAAGUAAUAAGAGCAGAUAAAACUGAGGCUGAUUUGGUUACAGACAGAUCAAAGCUUACAAGUCCUAAGCACACACCUGUAAAUAUGAGAAACCCAAUAUCAAGAGAACUUGAAGGUGUUGCAAGUGACCUUGGAAAUCCUAAAAUAAAACAGUACAGUCAGGUGCCUUCUGACACAUACCUGGCUGAGGCAAAACUCCCAAUGUGCUCCAGUAAUUGUAAACUGCUUUCUAAAGACUUCACUGGGCAGGAUCACAAGUUAUUAUCACACAAUGAGACCUCUCAAGCUUUGAUAAUCCAUUCAUUGAUAGACACACAGGGCAUUAAUGAAAGAAAAUGUCAAAGUAAAAAUGCAAUUGGAAGUUCACAGUCAUGGGUGUCCAGUAAUCCCCAUUUCGUUGUAUCUGAUGAGUUACAUGAUCCACUAGAAAAAGAUGUUUCACCUAACUUAGGGCCUUGUGGCACCAAUGAAAAGUCUACUCUAUCAUCAGAACAGUCAGAGGGCACAGAAGCCUCCCGGUCUCCUUAUAAAAAUUCUCUGGAUUCAGGGAGAAAUAUUUUUGGCGUUCUCUGUGAAACAUAUUUUACCUCACAUCCAAAAGAGAAACCUGUCUUAGAUCAGAUUAAGGCAGAGCCAGUUGUAGAGUUGGAGCAGACAAAGCGCAAAAGGGUUUGUAACGAGGAACCCUCAGAAGUGAAAAGGUCUUUUCUUUGUAUACAUAAGCCUCUAACUAAGGUAUCAGAAGAGAGCCUUAAUCUGCUUAUAACACAGAGUAAAGACGCUGAGGCAAUAACAGCUUCAGAAAUUAAUGAACCCUUAAAUGACAUUCCUGAACAGAAACUUGAACACCCCAGUCUUACAACCAGUUCUUCAUCACAAACUGCAAAAAGGGCAAAGAUUAUGGGUAGUAAGGGUAACCAAUCAUCUCUGCACACUAGACUUCAACCUAAUGUAGAUUCCUUAAACUGUUUGAGAGUUUUUCCUGAAAAUAGUAUGAAACUCCGUCCACGCCCUUUAAGGUUAACCAGUGAAACAGAUAAGCUUUUGCCAGCUAUCUCUCGUAGAAAUUCUAACUCUGUAAAAAAUAUCUGCAUGAAAAAACAACCUAGCAGAAAAUGUAAGGUUUCUCCAGUGCAGGAUCACAUCUUGGUAGAUAUUCAACCAAGCACAAACAAUUCCUCUAUUUUAAGUAUGUCUAGUAAGGUUUCUCCAGUGCAGGAUCAGAUCUUGGUGGAUAUUCAACCAAGCACAAACAAGUCCUCUAUUUUAAGUAUGUCUAGUAAGGUUUCUCCAGUGCAGGAUCAGAUCUUGGUGGAUAUUCAACCAAGCACAAACAAGUCCUCUCUUUUACGUAUGUCUAGUAAGGUUUCUCCAGUGCAGGAUCAGAUCUUGGUGGAUAUUCAACCAAGCAUACACAAGUCCUCUAUUUUACGUAUGUCUAGUAAGGUUUCUCCAGUGCAGGAUCACAUCUUGGUGGAUAUUCAACCAAGCACACACAAGUCCUCUAUUUUAAGUAUGUCUAGUGAGCAUGUUUAUAAAAAUAAGUCCAUAUUUCUUUCAAAAAUGGAUGUGUCAAAACCAAUUUCAAAAGUUACUGCAAGAUCAUGUCUCAAACUGACCAGAAGAAGAUUUGCCACCCCUUUUACAAAGCAUAGACUUUUAAAUAAGUGCUCCAAAUUAGAUGCCUCCUUAGAGCAUUUGUCUUCUAUUGCUUCCAGACUGUUAACACCAUGUAAAAACUCUUCCCAGUUAAAGUCACUCUCUGCUGUAUCAGAACUUCACCCCUCCAAUCAGGGACUAUUUAAAGUUAAAAAGCUGUUGGAAGUGUUUUCAUGUGUCAAUAUGAAGCUCUGUUCUCAGUCAAGGGCAGCGUGGUCUAAAGACCCCUUACCUGCCACUGGUGUAGUGCUUCCAGUUUCCCAGCGCAUGGACCAUUCCCCUAUGUCUCCCUCCAAAACAACCUUCCUUAAUUUGUGUAACAAGUUUCCUCUGCCUCUUGGUGAUGCUGGCACAUUUCCAUUUGCACUACACAUGAAUGUAGAUCACAGUUAUUUCAAAGACCUUAUAAGGUUAAGUCCUCCAGUUUGUGUGUCCAAAGGGCUUACAUCCAUCGCCCAGAUAGCUGAACCUUUUAAAUGGAGACUAUCUCUUUUUGUUUCUUCACACUUACCUUGUGCAUCUGAGAGUGUUCAACUUAAACAGCAGAAUGUGCAAUUCAGAAACCUAGAAGCCUCCAGGAUGGAUUCUAACCACAGAACUUCUUUGAGACGGUUUUCUGGGUGCUCCAAACAUGGCCUUCACACCGUUCUAGCACUCUCUUCUCCUGGCUGUUAUAGGUUUUGGACCAGGAAAAGAAAUCUGGGAAGCAGAGUUCCAACUGUGCAGAGACUAUCCAUGGUUCAUUUUGCACAUGGUGUGAAUAGGUUACCAACUCCUAAUAUAAGGGCACAAGAUCCCUUCUCUCUGCCAUAUUUGCUGGGUCGUGUACUAUCAACCUGGAGUCAGCAUGGCCCAUCAGCUUUCUCAUCUGACUGCAUAACUUCUCAUGACAGCUAUUGUCUGUGGCAACCAUGCCUGGGUAACAUCAGCAGUUCAGGCCCCUUGCCCAGCAUGACUCCCCUGUUAAUGAACACUCAAUUAUCAAGGCUGGAUAUACAGAGACUGCCAGAGAACUCCCCCACACUUUCUUUGAUACCAAAGAUCUGCCGGCAUCAUGAAGAUCCAGUGCCUCCAUAUGAUGUGUCAUCUAGCAAGGCUCAGGUUUGUCCAUUUGAGCAGCAAGAGGCUUUAGCUGUCUCGCAUGUCAGAGUUCAGCUCAGCAACAAGGAGAAUGAGAAAGAAAUCCUAGAAAAGAAGCCCCAACGAGUCUCUCAAAUCCGAAUACGGAAAACUGUGCCCAAACCAGAUCCCAACCUCACUCCAAUGGGUCUUCCUAAAGCCAAAAGAUUAAAGAAGAAAGAAUUCAGUUUAGAAGAUAUUUACACCAAUAAGAACUACCAGUCCCCUCCUGCAGCUCGGAGCCUGGAAACUAUCUUUGAGGAGCCAAAGGAGAAGAACGGCAUUCUGAUCUCUGUCAGCCAACAGAAGAGGAAGCGUAUACUGGAGUUUAGGGAUUUCACCGUCCCAAGGCUUAAGCGAACAAAAGGCAAACUGAAAGUUUUCUCUGCCUGCAAGCGGGGGAGGAAGGCUGCCACCAUAGAAGAGGUUCAGCUUGAUGCGCUUCUCAUAGAGAAAUUAAUGGAGCUAGAGAAUUUCUUCCUUCAAGAGGAAGCGGUGGAGAGAUCUCCAGGGACCACAGUUAUAUUAAGUUGAUGUGAUGCAGAAAAUCAGACCCCCCUUGUAAUAAAGGACACCAGUAAAAUAAUUGGAAGGAUGAGAGUAUCUGCCACCUUAUUUCCCUGUCAUUAGCUUGGUGGCUUUAUGUGAGAACUUUCCUGGCUGGUAGUUAAAACCAAGGAAUGUCACUAGUUUGUUGGAACUGUAAGGUGAUAUGGAUCCUGGUCAUUCAAAAGACACAGAUUUCACUGCAUCACCCUCUUGUGCAGUGUUGAUAGUGGAGGAUGCGACUGGAAUAAUAUGCUCUAAAUCUGCAGUCACACAGUUUUGUUUUCAAGUCUCUUCCUUUUAAACAAAUGUCUUAACCCAAGAGUGGCAAGCCUGCACUAUUAGAGUAGCAUUUAAUGCACUUGUUUUGUUUGUUUUUUGUCCAUGUUUUUAUUUAAACAAGAAAACUAGUUGGCUCUCUGCCUUGCCAGAUCUAGGGAAGCACAUUGUAUUUUAUUGUAAUCAGUUUAAUCUGGUGUUUAAGUGUGAAUGGAGCUACAGUUAAACCAAUAGUUGAAGAAUAAAGAUUGGUGGCAGCAGAACUAUCCCUGAACUGGCACAGCAGCUUUGGCUGCACAUAUCCAGACUUUAGUCCUCCAUCCUAAAAGCACACUUAAUUCACAAUUAUGUCAGUAACAGUUUGUGAGAUAAAUAGAGCAGAUUUUCUCUCUGUACUUUUAAUAUUGAUCUUCUUUUAAUGGGAGCAAAGCAAGAGCUUUUCUGGGGCAGGUAAAUCUUCUUUUGUUUAUGUACACACUUUUUUUUUUUUUUUUUUUUUUUCUUUUGCUGAGUGAAAAAAAAAAAAACUAGAUGUGUGCUGAUGUGUUGGGUGUUUACCUAAAUUACAUUUCUACCCUUGCCCCAGUGUUUGGACAUAAUAUAUCCAAAACUUGUUUGAUGUGGGGACCUCAUUGUGUCUGUGUGUGUCAGAUGCUGGAUGUUAGAUAAUGACAUUUGUUUUUUUUUGUUGUUUGUUUUUCAUUUAAGUGUCAAAAUAUAAAUCUACCCCAUAUACCUGCUUUUUGUAGCAUACAUCUGCAUGGGCACGGGAGAAACCAUUAAAAGUGGCACUGUUUGUUACCAUAACCGGAGUAAUGACAUGUGGGAGCACUGCAUUCAUGUCACUCAUAAAAACAUAAUAUUGUCACCUAGCUCUGGUAGCUGAUUAACAAAUUAGCUGCUUAUUAUUAUUUGAUAUGUGCAUAAGUGUCUAGUCCUCUCUGAUUGCUUCAUUUGUGGCAACACACCUUUCUAUAUGAGAUGUAUAUAGCUAUAGGCUGCAUCUAUAGAACUUCUUUCUUUUUUUUCUCACAAAUAAUUUUGUGGACCCUUUUCUUUCAAUGAAUAACACACAUUGUGUCCCCUUUUAAAUAAGGCUAUUUUACAUGUGAAGUCCUUUCUAUCCAAACCUUCCCAUGCUUUUCUCUGUGGUGCCUCUCAACAGAUGUUUUCUGUCCUACGUAUUAGUGGCUGUUCUGGAAAUAAAUGGAUAAGGGCCAGCUCUGAUACUGCAUGUAUGGUAGUGAUAAGAGCAGUUUGUUUUCCGGGCUAUGAGCUUUCUGUGAAUUUUGAGACCAUUGUUUUUAAUUUAUAAAACUAAUAAAUGCCAACCGCAUUUGUCUAAAUAAAGACACAAUUUA